CUGAUUUUGGGGUAUCUGAGAAAUCAACCACUGAAGGCACGAUAAACUCCAGCAGCUCCUGAAAUACACAAUCAUUAGUACGAAGCGGGUGGACAGCGACAAAAGACUGUUUCUCUUUGUUAUUAGGGGGGAAUAAACAUAAACAAAGAAAUAAUUCCAGGCUACGGCUUCUGACUUUCACCAUGUGCAAACAUAUUCUCAAUGCCCAAGUGGCUAUCCGGUCACCAUGCUGCCGGAAAUGGUUCGACUGCGCAGAGUGCCACCAGGAGCAGGAAUCCCAUCCUCUCAAGCAGAGCUUCGAAAUGACCUUUGCCUGCAAAAAGUGCAAGAAGGUCUUCCGCAAAGACGCCCAAGAGUUUGACGAGAGCGACGAAUACUGCCCGCACUGCGAUAACCACUUCGUCAUCGAGGCCAAGACCCCCAAGGCCGCCUUGACCAUUGAGGGUGACGAUAUCCGAAUGAACAACAAGCUGCUAAAGGAUGAGAGAGUAAAGCAGGAUGGCAUGAGGACAAUCUUUGACCCGACACCAGACGCCGAUAAGCUUGGCUGAGCGGCAUAAUACAUCUGUGUUUAGGAAAUAGCGGCGUUGCAUGGCAUCACAAUAAAUUGGAGUUCAUUUGUUCCCCCCCCC